CGACUGUCGCAAACCGGAAGCCGCGGAGGCCCGGCGUCCGGCGGCCCGCUUUCCGGCGCUGGCGGCUGAGGAGAAGGACGACGACGACGACGGCGGCGGCGGUGCCGUCGGCGGGGCGGCCGUGAGGAUGUCGGAGGUGCCGGCCCCGGUCCCGUCGGGGCCCAGCGGGCUGCUGGGCGCCCCGCCGUUGUCCCGGUGCCCGUGCCCCGCCCACGACGAGGGCGAGCGGGGCCGCCGGAGGGGCGGGAAGGCCGAGGCGGGAAAGGGGCACCGUCGGAAACCGCCGCCGCCGCCCCCGCCCCCGCCCCCUCCGCCCCCUCCUCCCCUCAACGGCCUCGUCGGUCCCGAGCUGCGGGUCCUGCAGCAGCCGCCGCCUCCGCCGCCCCCCGCCGCCCCCAACGGGCUCCCCCCCACCCCCGGACCGGCCUCGCCCCGACGCCUGCUCGCCGCCUCCCUGGCCGACGCCUGCAGCCUGGAGGGCCCCCCGGAGGAGGAGGAGCAGGAGCAGGACCGACGGACGAUCCGCUACGUCCGGUACGAAUCCGAGCUGCAAAUGCCCGAGAUCAUGAGACUGAUCACCAAAGAUCUGUCCGAACCCUACUCCAUUUAUACCUAUAGGUAUUUUAUCCACAACUGGCCGCAGCUCUGCUUCUUGGCCGUGGUAGGGGAGGAGUGUGUAGGUGCCAUCGUCUGCAAGUUGGAUAUGCACAAAAAGAUGUUCCGGCGAGGUUAUAUAGCCAUGUUAGCAGUGGAUUCCAAAUACAGAAGGAAAGGCAUUGGUACUAACUUGGUUAAGAAAGCUAUUUAUGCCAUGGUUGAAGGAGACUGUGAUGAGGUUGUCUUAGAAACAGAGAUCACAAACAAGUCUGCUUUGAAACUUUAUGAAAAUCUUGGUUUUGUGCGAGAUAAAAGGCUGUUUAGAUACUAUUUAAAUGGAGUUGAUGCACUGCGUCUUAAACUCUGGCUGCGUUAAGAGACUCUCACUUCAAGGAUCAACUUUCACACCAACGCAGAGACGUCCCUUUGCAUGCAAUGCAAUUUGUACAGAAUUGCUUUGCAGGUGGAUUUAGUCAUUUCCAUGCAGCUCUUCUCUGUCAGUGUCUCAUUGAGUGUCGCACAUAUUUGUUGCACUAUGGCAUGGCGCAUUUGUUCUGAAUUAAAACAGAUUGUUUCAAACUUCAAGAGUUCUUUUGGUACCAGCAAGAUGUGCCAGUCGAUAGCCAAGAUCCGUUCGUUCCUUUGCAAGUCUACUGACUGUUCUAUACAUCGUGGACAUUUUCUCACAGGACCUGUUUGUGGAACAGUGUUUGGGUUCCUGACAAAAGCCAACGUAGAUUGUAAAAUUCUCUUAAGUAUACUAACAUUUCAUACAAAACUUGCCAUGGUUUUUGGGGAGA